UUGUUUGGAAGAUAGAGAAGAAAAAGAAAGAGAUCGUGUGAGGAUGAUGUACGAACGGCAACAACCCGCGAGAAUUGCGGGGGCGGAGGAUGAGCUGAAGGCGGCGGAGAGGAGGAAGAGGGCGGUGGAUGAAGAGAGGUUGGAGAUUGUGGACUUGAGCGGAUUGUCACUGGAUUCUCUUCCAAGCCCUUCUCUCGAUUUGGGGAUCAUCUGCAAGUUAGACCUCUCCAACAACAAUCUUCAGAUGAUACCAGAGCCGCUGGCGGCGAGGCUGGCGAAUGUGGUGGUGUUGGAUGUGCACUCGAAUCAGCUGAAGGCCCUCCCAAGCUCAAUCGGAUGCCUCUCUAAGCUCAAGCUCUUGAACGUCGCCGGAAACCUCCUCGUAUCCCUCCCGGCCACUAUUCUGAAUUGCAGAUCCUUAGAAGAGCUGAAUGCCAACUUCAACCAGCUGACCAAGCUACCGGACGCGGUUGGCCUUGAGCUCAUCAACCUCAAGAAGCUAUCUGUCAACUCGAACAAGCUCGCGCACCUGCCUCGCUCCACCUCCCGCCUCACCUCUCUCCGCGUCCUCGAUGCCCGCCUCAACUGCCUUCGCGCGCUCCCCGACGACCUCGAGAGCUUGGUUAACCUUCAAACCCUCAACAUCAGCCAAAACUUCCACCACCUCCAAGCUUUGCCUUACUCCAUCGGACUCCUACUCUCCCUCGUGGAGCUCGACAUCAGCUACAACAGGAUAGCGGCCCUGCCCGACUCCAUGGGGUGCCUCAGGAAGCUCCAGAAGCUCUGCGUCGACGGGAACCCUCUAGUCUCGCCCCCGCCCGAGGUCAUGGAGCAAGGCUUGCACGUGGUGAAGGAGUACCUGGGUGAACGGAUGACUGCCGGCUACGAAAGCCCGCCGAAGAAGAAAUCGUGGAUCGGGAAGUUGGUGAGGUACGGCACAUUUAAUGGGAAUAACAACAGGUGGGUUAAUGGAGAAGAUAGGGAAAGGCUCGCCCCGACCGAUUUCCAGUCCAUCAAUGGCCUCGCUACGCCGAGGCACGCGGGAAUGUUCUCGCCGCGGCGCCUCUUCUCUCCUCGGAAUUAUUUCUCCAGGUAA